ACAAGAUGGCGGACGAGAUGAGAUGAAACGGUUGUCUGGGAAUUAAGGAAGAAUUUCACGGCUGUCUUCCAUGGCAGCAAGUACAACACGCUGCUGUUGUAAGAAAACAUUCAAGAAGAGGAUUUUAGUCACUGGAGGAGCUGGAUUCAUAGGUUCACAUGUUGUUAUUCUUCUUGUAGAAAGAUACCCAGAAUAUUAUGUUGUUAAUUUGGAUAAGCUUGACUAUUGUGCAAGUUUGAAAAAUUUACAAAAGAUACAAGACAAGCCAAAUUAUAAAUUUAUUGAAGGAGAUAUUUGUGAAGCAAACUACUUGAAAUACAUAUUCCAAUGUGAGAAAAUUGACACGGUUCUUCAUUUUGCUGCACAGACUCAUGUUGAUAAUUCAUUCUGGAGCUCUCUUGCCUUCACAAAGACCAAUGUAUAUGGAACACACGUACUAAUAAAUGUAGCACAUGAAGCUAAAGUCAAGAGAUUCAUUCAUGUCAGCACAGAUGAAGUUUAUGGUGGAGGAACUGAUUGUGGCUCCACGCACAGUGAAACAUCUCCUCUCAAUCCAAGUAACCCGUAUGCUGCUUCCAAAGCAGCUGCUGAGUUUAUAGUCAUGUCAUACGUAGAGAGUUUCAAGUUUCCUGUCAUUAUAACGAGAAGUAACAAUGUCUACGGACCACAUCAGUAUCCAGAAAAGGUCAUACCCAAGUUUAUUGGACUUCUAAUGAGAGAUGAGAAGUGUUUUAUUCAUGGCAGUGGACUUCAAGCCAGAAACUUUCUUUAUGUAACUGAUGUUGCAGAAGCAUUUAUCAAAAUACUCCACGAUGGCCAAGAUGGUGAGACAUACAAUAUUGGCAGUGAUAUUGAGAUCAGUAUCUUGGAGCUGGCCAAACGUCUAAUUAGAAAGAUUAAAGGUGAAGAGACAGAGGAAGGAAUUCAUGAGUAUUUGAAGUUUGUUAUGGACAGACCUUUCAAUGAUAAGCGUUACCCAAUGGAUUCGUCCAAAGUCAAAGCUCUAGGAUGGGAACCAAAGGUAUCAUGGGAAGAAGGUUUAAAUAAAACACUGGAAUGGUACUCUUGUAAUUUCCAAAACUGGCCUACAGCAGAACGCGCCCUAACGCCAUUCCCUGUUGGCUGUAACAACGUCUGUUCCUCUGAUGAAGAUUAGCCUGUACUUUAAACACCUAAGUACUGUGACAUUUGUCCUGGCGUAUUAAAUCUCACGAUAUGACAUCUUUGAAGAUCACGACAGAAUCGCGUAACAUGACGUACUCCCACUAUUAAACAAAUGCGUUCAUCAAUUUGUGACUGUCAUCGUAACGUGACUGGAUUUCACUCAAUGACCUCUACGAACGUCACACAGUUGCGUUGCUUAGUAU